UUAUAUAAUAAAACAUUGUGAAACUAUAAAAACAAUUCACAACACAUAAAAUCAUAACAAAACAUCAUUUCUUAUUUUUCACAAACACAAAAAAAAAAACACAAUAUUGUUCAUCUAAUGGAUUCUGUUGUCUCUGAAUUAGAAGGCACACUUCUAAAAAACUCAGAUGUAUUCUCCUACUUCAUGUUAGUAGCAUUUGAGGCCUCAGGUUUGAUUCGCUUCGUUCUUCUGUUAAUCCUAUGGCCCGUGAUUCGGUUCCUAGACAUGUUCGGCAUGGAGGACAUAAGUCUCAAGCUAAUGAUCUUUGUAGCCGUAGCUGGAAUUCAUAAAUCUGAGAUUGAAUCAGUUUCAAGAGCUGUUUUACCAAAAUUCUUCAUGGAUGAUCUUGACAUGGAAGCUUGGAAGAUUUUUAGCUCUUACGCGAAAAGCGUUGUGGUAACAAAAAUGCCAGGAGUUAUGGUGAAGAGGUUUGUUGAGGAACAUUUACGUGCAGAUGAAGUAAUUGGAAGUGAAUUGGUUUUCAAUAGGUUUGGUUUAGCUACAGGAUUUGUUCAAAGUGAAUCAAUUACUUCCGUUUCUGAAAGAGUUGCUAAACUUUUCAAUAACCAAGUUCCAAAUUUGGGUAUGUUAAGGUUUAGUACUACUACAUCAAGCAAUCAUUCUUUCUCCAAACUUUGCAAGGAACAAAUGCAACCACCAUUUAGGACAAGCCAAAAGCACAAUGAUAGCCAACUUCUCCGACCUCAUCCGGUGAUCUUCCACGACGGCCGAUUGGUGAAACGACCAACACCGUUCACCUCCCUACUAAUCAUCCUUUGGAUCCCAAUAGGUAUUUUACUAGCCAUAAUCAGGUUAACCUUGGGAGCCAUUUUACCUUUUUGGGCCAUUCCUCACAUGUCAAGGUUAUUUGGUGGCAAAGUUAUUGUGAAGGGAAAUCCACCUUUCCCUCCCACCGCAGGCGGUCCCGGUGUCCUUUUCGUGUGUACUCACCGCACUCUAAUGGACCCUGUUGUCCUCUCUUCCGUCCUUCAACGUAAAACCCCCGCGGUAACAUACUCUAUUUCUCGGUUAUCGGAAAUCCUCUCCCCCAUUCCUACCGUGAGACUAACCAGGAUGCGAAAUGUGGACGCUGAGAGAAUAAAAUAUGAGUUAUCCAAAGGAGAUUUAGUUGUCUGUCCAGAAGGAACAACAUGUCGCGAGCCUUUCCUUUUACGAUUUAGUGCUCUAUUUGCCGAGCUAACUGACCGGAUAGUACCGGUCGCCAUGAACUAUAGAGUAGGGUUCUUCCAUGCAACCACUGCAAGGGGUUGGAAAGGUUUGGACCCGGUUUUCUUCUUCAUGAACCCAAGACCAGUUUAUGAGGUUACAUUCUUGAACCAGUUGCCGGUUGAAGCGACGUGUUCGUCCGGGAAGAGUCCACACGAUGUGGCCAAUUAUGUUCAGAGGAUAUUGGCUGCAACUCUAGGGUUUGAGUGCACUAACUUUACUCGGAAAGAUAAAUAUAGGGUUUUGGCUGGGAAUGAUGGCAUUGUGUCUUGUACUUCAUUGGUUGAUCGAGUAAAGAAGGUGGUGAGCACAUUUAAGCCUUGUUUACCAUAGUAAUGAUCAUACAAAAUAGAAUAAGAUUUAUUAAUUGUUUAAUUUUGUUUGUAUGUAUGUAAGGGUGCAAGUGUGCUUGCUUUUUUGUGUAUUUGAAGUUCAUAUUACCAUAUAGAUAGAUUAUUUCUGUUUCUUUAA